AUGGUAUCUUUUAAAAAUUUAAGGAUUGCAAUUUUGAUUAACUUCUUUUUAAAAUGUAAUUAUAGCGAUUCAUUGGAUAUUACCAAUAAUAUGACUGAUAAUUUUGGAAGUAUUGAAGUUAAUAACACAAUAUUUGGUUCAGGAAAAAGAAAUUUAACAUUUUCUGGAGAUUUAUAUAAUAUUGAAGAUUCAAAUAUCUCACUUAUUAAUAUAGAAGAUAUCAAGAAUAAUGCUACAAACUUUAGAGGAAAAAGUUCAACUUCUAAAAAUAUAUUAUUAAAUAAAAUGAAGAAAUUGUCUAAUAUAACAUUUGUAUCAAAUACUGGGGAUGUAAAUGAAACAUUAUUAUUUAAAGAUUCAAUUAUAUCUACUCCUUUAUGCAAAGCAGAACCACCUCCAAAGUUUUUUAUUGAUCCUGAAGAAAAUAUUUGUUAUAUACUAUUACUCUCUGGAGGUGCAAAUAGAGGAGCUUGGCAAACUGGUGUAUUAAGAGGUUUGUUAGGAAAACAUAUGGAAUUUUAUAAUAAAACUCUCCGUUGGGACGUAGUUGGGGGUGUAUCAGUAGGAGCUAUUCUAUCAUUAGCAAGUUUAUUUUAUGAACCAGGAGAUGAAUUAAACUAUAUUACAAGUUUAUGGGAUAUGUGGGCAAAUGUCAGGCAAGAUUUCCUUUCUGAUUGUACCCUUCCAAUAUGGAAAAAUAUAAUGAAAUACUUGUCUCAUUAUGUAAGUACUAUGAUAAAUUCAAAGAAGAAAUUGAGAAAUUCCAUUUGCAAUAAUUAUGCACUUAAAGAUUAUCUUAGCAAUAGAUUUGGUCAUUUAAUACCUCCUUAUGAAAAUAAAACUUAUAUUGAACAUAAAUAUUAUGAACAUUUUAAGGAUAGUAUAAAUAAUAUUGAAUCUCUUAAAGAGUUUUCAAAUAAAACACCAGAUUUUUUGAAAAAUGACUUUAAAAUAAGACGUCGAGAAGUUGUAGUUUCAGCUGUUAGAUAUGAAGAUGGUCAAUUUAUAUCUUGGAAUUCAAGUAGUCACUCUAUUCAAGAUUUAAUAAAUGCAACAUGGGCUUCAACAUCUGUUCCAGGUGCAUUUUCACCAGUACAAAUUAAUGGGUCAUUUUAUAUGGAUGGUGGUAUUGUAAUGAAUAUGAAUAUAUUAGACUCUAUAAAAGCUUGUUAUAAUCUUGGUUUAGCUAAAAAACAAAGUGAUAUAGUUAUUGAUGCUAUUGAAACUUACCCAGAUGAUUUUGAAAUACAAACAGAAAAAAGUGAGAAUUCAGAAUUUCCAUCAUUUAAAAAUAUUAUAUAUAGAAGUUUUGCUAUUUUACAUUCUCAAGUUAGGGGUAUAAGACUUCUUAAAAAUGUACUGUGUAGAUUUCCAGAUAUAAAUGUUCGAUAUUAUAUAGCCCCAACUGUAGAGGAAUAUGAGAUGUUCCCAAAUAGUGCUUUUGAUGGGAAUAAUAUUACUGGAGUAUUCAAUAUGUUGAGAACUGGAUUAAAAACUGGAUGGAAUGCCAAUUUUUCUCAAAUAGAUAACUGUUCAUUCAAUAAUAAAUUAUUUAAUAGUGGUACUGUAACAGAUAUAUUUAUCAUGUAA